CAUUAUUUCAAAGCAGCUGCAUUCCUAAAAACAGAGCUGGUCAUCAUGUUGCCUUUGAUGUAUCCAGUAAUGUUUGUCAGAUUGGACUUGGCAAACAGCUCCGAGCAGAUUCUGUUCCCCAAGGCAGCGAUCACAGCUGAUGGGAUAACUGACCACUGGAUCAAUGAACAGAAAUUCCUUGAGAUGACAUAGGGAGGGGCAUCAAGGACAAUGGUGCAGAAAAAGAAAAUCUGCUCUCGGCUACUUGACUAUCUUGUGAUCAUUGGAGCCAGGCACCCAAGCAGCGAUAGUGUUGCUCAGACUCCUGAGCUGCUGCGGCGUUACCCUCUGGAGGACCACGCAGACUUUCCUCUCCCGCCCGACGUUGUGUUCUUCUGCCAGCCAGAAGGAUGCCUGAGCGUGCGGCAGAAGCGCAUGAGCUUCCGCGACGACACUUCCUUCGUCUUCACCCUCACGGACAAGGACACGGGCGUCACUCGCUAUGGAAUCUGCGUCAACUUCUACCGCUCCUUCCAGAAGCGAGUACCCAAGGAGAAGGGGGAAGGCACGGGGGGACAUCGAGCUCGAGAGGGACAGAAGCUCCCUAAAGCUGGGGAUCCACCGGCACCCGCGGAGGAAGUGGGCACCGAGAGCUCCGAGAGCGGCUCUUCACUGCAGGCCCCCAGUGCCGAGUCCACCCCCGACGUGAACAGAUCCCCGCGCACUAAGCGCCUGGCCAAAGGCAGCCAUCGCUCUCGGAACAGCACUCUGACUUCUCUGUGCAUCCUCAGUCAUUAUCCCUUCUUUUCCACCUUCCGGGAGUGUCUGUACACCCUCAAGAGACUUGUGGACUGCUGUAGUGAGAGACUGCUGGGCAAGAAGCUGGGGAUUCCACGUGGGGUGCAGAGGGAUACAAUGUGGAGGAUUUUCACAGGCUCCCUGCUGGUGGAAGAGAAGUCCAGCGCGUUGCUCCACGACCUGCGGGAGAUCGAGGCUUGGAUAUACCGGCUGCUCCGCUCACCCAUGCCCGUUGCUGGGCAGAAGAGGGUGGAUGUGGAGGUCCUGCCACACGAGUUGCAGCCAGCUUUGACCUUUGCUCUUCCUGAUCCAUCCCGCUUCACUUUGGUGGAUUUUCCAUUACAUCUGCCUUUGGAGUUAUUGGGAGUGGAUGCCUGCCUGCAGGUGCUGACCUGCAUCCUUCUGGAGCACAAGGUUGUAUUGCAGUCCCGAGAUUAUAAUGCACUUUCAAUGUCUGUGAUGGCCUUUGUGGCCAUGAUCUACCCUUUAGAGUACAUGUUCCCAGUGAUCCCUCUGCUUCCCACCUGCAUGGCCUCUGCAGAACAGUUGCUUCUAGCCCCUACACCUUACAUCAUUGGUGUUCCAGCAAGUUUCUUCCUUUACAAACUGGAUUUUAAAAUGCCUGAUGAUGUAUGGCUUAUUGACCUGGAUACCAAUAGGGUGAUUGUUCCCACAAAUGCAGAACCUUUGCCAGCACUGCCAGAACCAGAAGCUUCAGAGCUGAAAAAGCAUCUGAAACAGGCCCUGGCCAGCAUGAGCCUGAAUACUCAGCCCAUUCUUAAUCUAGAGAAGUUUCAUGAGGGGCAGGAGGUGCCUCUGCUGCUGGGAAGACCACAGAAUGAUUUGCAGUCUACUCCCUCCACAGAAUUCAACCCUUUGAUCUAUGGAAAUGAUGUGGACUCUGUCGAUGUGGCUACCAGGGUUGCUAUGGUGAGAUUCUUCAACUCGCCAAAUGUUUUGCAAGGUUUCCAAAUGCAUACUCGAACUCUUCGUCUCUUCCCACGACCAGUGGUGGCCUUCCAGGCAAAUUCUUUUCUUGCUUCUAGGCCGAAGCAAACACCUUUUGCAGAUAAGCUUUCCAGAACACAGGCAGUAGAGUACUUUGGGGAAUGGUCACUCAACCCUACUAAUUAUGCUUUCCAAAGAAUUCAUAACAACAUGUUUGACCCAGCCCUAAUUGGUGACAAGCCCAAGUGGUAUGCUCACCAGCUGCAGCCCAUCCACUAUCGAGUCUAUGACAGCAAUUCACAGCUGGCUGAAGCCCUGAAUGUCCCAGCAGAGAAGGAAACAGAUUCUGAUCCCACUGAUGACAGUGGCAGUGACAGCGUCGACUAUGACGAUUCAAGUUCCUCCUACUCCUCCCUUGGUGACUUUGUCAGUGAGAUGAUGAAAUGUGACAUUAAUGGUGAUACCCCAAAUGUUGACCCUCUGACUCAUGCUGCUCUUGGUGAUGCUAGUGAAGUGGAAUUCGAUGAUUUUCAAGAAUAUUCAGGGGAUCCCGAUGAACAGAUCAUGGACAGUGAGAACUCCCAAGAGAAUAACCAGCCUCGUUCAAGUUCCAGUACUACAGCCAGUAGCAGCCCCAGCACUGUCAUCCAUGGAGUGAAUCAUCUCUAUGUCACGCAAAUUAGCGAGCAGACCAAUGAUUUGGCUGGUCCACGGGAGGCAGCAGACUCAGCAGAAAUUGAAGAGAAGUUGGCUGCUGGAUUUUCAAACCAUCUUUCUUCCUUGCCACUGCAACCAAGCUUUCCCAAGAUCAGCUUGGAUCGUCGUGAGAGUGACAUUGCAGCUGGCAGCAUGAGCUCCUCAGAAGGGGUGGUGAGGAAGCGAGAGUAUGACAAUCCAUACUUUGAACCACAGUAUGGUUUUCCUACAGAGGAUGAAGAUGAUGAGCAGGAAGAGAGCUACACUCCAAGAUUUAACCAGAAUCUCAAUGGAAGCAGGUCUCAGAAGUUGCUCCGGCCAAACAGUUUAAAGCUGGCCAGUGAUUCUGAUGCAGAUUCAGAUUCCAGGGCCAGCUCCCCAAACUCUACUGUCUCCAACAACAGCAGUGAAGGUUUUGGGGGCAUCAUGUCUUUUGCAAGCAGCCUGUACAGAAACCACAGCACAAGUUUCAGUCUGUCCAACUUGGCCCUACCAACCAAAGUUGGGAGAGACAAGAAUACUCCCUUUCCCAGCCUGAAAGUAUUUGGGUUAAAUACUAUAAUGGAGAUUAUUACUGAAGCUGGCCCAGUAAGCAAUGAAGGAAACAGACGGGCCCUUGUUGAUCAGAAGUCUUCAGUCAUAAAGCACAGCCCAACAGUGAAAAGAGAAUCUCCAUCACCUCAGGGACGAACUAGCAAUUCCAGUGAGAACCAGCAGUUCCUGAAGGAGGUGGUGCACAAUGUUCUUGAUGGGCAAGGUGUUGGCUGGCUGAACAUGAAGAGGGUCCGACGUCUGCUGGAGAGCGAGCAGCUGCGUGUGUUUGUGCUGAGCAAGCUGAACCGCACCAUCCAGUCAGAGGAGGAUGCUCGGCAGGACAUCAUACAGGACGUGGAGAUCAGCCGCAAGGUUUAUAAAGGCAUGCUGGACCUGCUGAAGUGCACUGUGUUAAGCCUGGAGCAGUCGUAUGCAAAUGCUGGCCUGGGAGGCAUGGCCAGUGUUUUUGGCCUGCUAGAGAUAGCACAUACUCACUACUAUAAUAAAGAACCAGAAAAGAGAAAACGAAGUCCUACAGAUGGAUCUGUCACUCCAGUUGGCAAGGAUCCUGCAUCAUCCCCAAGAGUGGAGCCAAAACCUGCGAUGCAGCUGCCAGUACCUCAGCUAAUGCCAAAGCCACCAAGCCCUGCAGGCAAAGGGCCAAGGGAGUUUGACACAAGAAGUCUAAAGGAAGAAAAUUUUAUUGCUUCCAUUGAAUUGUGGAACAAGCACCAGGAAGUGAAAAAGCAAAAGUCUUUGGAAAAAACGAGACCAGAAGGUGUGAAACAAUUUGAUUUGGGAGAGACAGAUGAGAAGAAAUCCCAAAUCAGUGCAGACAGUGGCCUCAGUCUGGCCUCAGGUUCUCAGAAGAGUGAUUUCGACUCUAUUCCCAGUGGAGGACCAACAGUUAUGGUCCGAAGUACAAGCCAGGAUUCUGAAGUCAGCACUGUGGUUAGUAACAGUUCUGGAGAAACAUUGGGAGCAGACAGUGACUUGAGCAGCAAUGCUGGUGAUGGCCCGAGUGUGGAAAACGGUGGCAAUUUGGCAGGAUCCAGAGGCACUGUGUCAGACAGUGAAAUUGAGACCAACUCUGCUACUAGCUCUAUCUUUGCCAAGUCUCACAACCUGAAGCAGAGUGUGAAGGAUAGCAAAGGGAGUACUCCAGGGAGAGGCCCAGAGGAUGGGAACCAGCGUGUCUAUCUGUAUGAAGGACUUUUGGGCAAAGAGCGUUCAACUUUGUGGGACCAGAUGCAGUUCUGGGAAGAUGCUUUUUUGGAUGCUGUGAUGUUAGAGAGAGAAGGAAUGGGGAUGGACCAGGGGCCUCAGGAGAUGAUUGACAGGUAUCUUUCCCUGGGAGAACACGAUCGAAAGCGUUUGGAGGAUGAUGAGGAUCGCUUGUUGGCUACUCUGCUACAUAAUAUGAUUGCUUAUAUGCUUAUGAUAAAGGUGAACAAGAAUGAUAUUAGGAAAAAGGUGCGUCGUCUAAUGGGAAAAUCACAUAUUGGAUUGGUGCACAGCCAGCAAAUAAAUGAUAUUCUAGACAAACUUGCCAAUCUGAAUGGACGGGAACUGCCUGUGAGACCCAGUGGCAGCCGCCACAUCAAGAAGCAGACUUUUGUAGUACAUGCUGGGACAGACACAACAGGAGACAUAUUUUUCAUGGAGGUAUGUGAUGAUUGUAUUGUGCUGAGAAGCAACAUUGGAACUGUGUAUGAACGUUGGUGGUAUGAGAAACUCAUCAACAUGACUUACUGUCCCAAAACAAAAGUGCUCUGCCUCUGGCGCAGGAAUGGUCAGGAGACACAACUGAACAAGUUCUACACAAAGAAGUGUCGGGAACUGUACUACUGUGUAAAAGACAGCAUGGAGCGAGCAGCAGCAAGGCAGCAAAGCAUUAAACCAGGCCCUGAGCUGGGUGGUGAGUUCCCUGUGCAGGAUAUGAAAACCGGUGAAGGAGGUCUUCUUCAGGUCACACUGGAAGGAAUUAACCUGAAAUUUAUGCACAGUCAGGUUUUCAUAGAGCUGAAUCACAUUAAAAAGUGCAAUACUGUGCGAGGAGUCUUUGUCCUGGAGGAAUUUGUUCCUGAAACUAAAGAAGUGGUGAGCCACAAGUACAAGACGCCAAUGGCUCAUGAGAUCUGCUACUCCGUGCUGUGUCUCUUCUCUUAUGUGGCUGCAAUUCGUGGAAAAGAGGCAGAAAACAAAAGCAAACCACCUCGACCAGUUUCCAGUUGAUCAUGAUACUUGGAAAUGUCUACCCUUUGGCACACUGAUAUGCAGUACUCCCAGUUUUACUGCAAUUACUGGAGCUCAUUUUCUGUCUUUUAUGAGAACUCGAUUAUUUAUGUAUGACCCUGCAAGUCUUUCCCCAUAGAAAAACCUAAGCCUUCCCUGUUCAGUCUCCUUCUGAAUUCAUCCUUGAUGGAGUUUUUAAAUGAGCUUUUAAUCAGACAGUUUUGAGCAUCUGCAUCCAGCUGUGAGUGACUUACUCUGGACAUUCCUUUGAAAUUCCUUUUUUGUUGAGAUGACUAACAGCUUGAGUUUGGUUGUUUUUUGUUCUAGUGGUACUUGUUACAAUUUGAUCACUUUACAACUGCAGGCUUCUGCUUUCAGAUUUCUCUGGUAUGUGCUCAGUGAAAGCAGCCUGGUCCUGUAUGUUGUUUCAAUGUUGUGUUUUUGUUGUUUUCCUUCUGUGUUGUUCAUUUUUAAUUACCAACAUGACGAUGUUGUCACAUAGUUCUACAGUCCCUUUUGGUAGAGAUGAACAAUUUUGCUGUCAUAUUCUUAAAAUAUCCUGUGACAGUUGGAGUUUGGUUAUUUAAUUGGUCCAUCUCUGGAGAUGUCUGCUUCUCAAGUGAAGAGGGAAACUUUGACGGUAGUAUAAGUGUAAAAAACCUCAACACUUCACGGGUUCUGUGGAUUUUCAAAUGGGAGUUUAGGUAACAUUUGUAGCUCCCUCAACAGUAGAGUUCACAGAUGCAAAUAAGCACUCCUUAAAGCAGUUAAUCACAGGGAUUAGAAAAUGAAUAAAGCAGUGUAAAACUUGGAAACAUUAUUGGCAGAAGCACAGUACAGAAAUCUGCAGAACAUGUUCAGAAGCCCAGAGGAUUUUGCUGUCUCCAAAUUUUUUUUACUAUUACUUUUUAUUUUUUUUUUCAAUCUGUACCUGUAUAUGAAGGGAUCUUGAAAAUAUUGUGUUUAUGUAUAAAAAAAUGUAGUUAAAACUAUCCAUCACAUUCCUUAUUUUAAAUAGGCUGGAUAUGAAUGUUUUUUUCAUCUUGUUUUUGUUCUUGAACUGUACUGUACUUGUCUGGAAAGCUCUUAGGAUGCUGGAAGGUGAGACUAUCUAGAGAAAAUAAUGUUACAUGUAAAAUACCAGGAAAAAUUGCUCUGAUACAAACUGAUGUAUUGUAUGUUUUGACAUAGAAUUCUGACUAAAUGCACCCAGAAAUAACCCUGUUUUGGCUUGGUCAGGGUAUCUACUAUUUAAAAUGGAAUAUACUAGUUUGGUUGAAGAUGAUGUAAAUAUUAUAGUAUCACAUCUAUUUAUAGAAACUGUACAGCUCUCUGAAUGUGAAAAUAAAAUGUCAUUCAACCAGCAA